AUGGGAGGGGGUGAUAUAGACGUUGGGGUCAUAGGCAGAAGCACCGGUCCAUUUGAUGGCCGUGCUGUUGAUGGAAAACACAAUUCCAAACGCAUCUCUCACACCCCUUUCUCUCUCUCUCUCUCUCUCUCUCUCUCUCACAGCCUUAACCCUAGUCCUCAGCUACAGCGAUCAGCGAGCGGCAGCAGUGGCAGUGGUAGUAAUCGGCAAGCGACAGCGGCAACUGAGGAAGGUAUCCAACAACUUGUGUUAGGCCUAUACAUCAUUAGGGGUGACGACAUGUAUAGGGUGUUUUAUAAUUCCACUAUAAGCAUUGUGGGGGAACUAGAUGAAGAGUUGGAUGCCAGCCUAGAUUUGUCCAAACUGAGAGCUCAUCCACUAAAUCCUAUUAUCCAUUGACGAGCAACAUGGUAUGAGUAUGUUUUUAUUGAGUGUUGUAAGGGUGAAUUUGCUUGAACUGGAUUUGAAUGAGUAAAAUGAUUGGUUUUAAGAUACUAAGAAAUUGUAAUAUGUAUUGCACUGGUUAGUGGUUACAAAUAUUGGACAAUGAGUCUAUAUAAUUAUUUGAAUUAUUAUAAUUUAACUUGUGAAAUUGUUAGAAUUUGUUUGUUUUGUUUUUAGUAUUGGAUGGAUAAAAUAAAGUUGAAAGAGUUUAUCGUCUAAGCUUAAUGAUAACUGAAUUUUGGCAUUGAAUGCUUGUUUUAAUUUUUUGUAGAAGUAUUUUUGUAUUAAUUUUUUUCCAUUGAAUGCUUGGACCCGAUAUCCGUGUUGUUUGUCAACU